AUGGGAAAGCCUUUCGCAGAAGCAAUUAAAAUAGGGGAAAUGGUAGAAAAUGGUCUGAAAACGGGUAGAAUCUUGAGCCAGUCGGCCAUAAGAGCGACCUCCCAAGCCAUUCAAGGCAGGUCUGGAGGAAUGGACAAAGGGAAAAAGAAAGAAGAAACGGUCAUGGCAGCUUCAAGAGGAAGGAGAUACCCGGAUCAUAAACCGGUAUUCUCCGAAAGAACCCCUCAACACUAUUAUCCUCACAAUGAUAUGGCCUACGCUCCCUCACCUUUUGCGGUCAUGAAUGCUCAACCUUUCGGCCGGCCGCAACCACAAGCCAAUCGAAAUCCACCUCCAUUCCAAAGAAACCAACCUCCUUACCAGAACCAAUAUAAUCCCCGACCAACACAAAAUAACUUUCGCCCCCGGGAACCAUCCAGGAGACCCAACUUUACACCAAUCGGUGAACCCUACUCCACCCUGUUCCCUAAGCUUAUCCAGAUGGAUCUGCUACAGCCUAUUCCCCAAAACAGCCAGAAUCCAGAAUAUCCAGCUUACCAACGAGGUGUCCACUGUGCUUAUCAUUCAGGAGCUGAGGGGCAUAGUACUGAUAACUGUUGGACCUUGAAGAAAGCUGUGGAAAAUUUGAUUGAACAAGGAAAAAUGGUGUUGAGGGACGAAGAAGCCCCGAAUGUGACCAAUAAGCCAUUGCCCGCUCAUAACAACGGGCCGGUAAUCGGGAUGAUCUGCAAAGACAAAGAGUUCGAUCCCGCCUUGAAAGCCAUAAUUGCUAUUGCUGAUACAGAAAGAAAGCCUAAAGCAACCCCGAAGCAGGAGAAAGGGGGAGAGAAGACUAAAACUGUCAAGAUUGAACUCGAAAAGAAGGUUGAAGCAAAGGCAGAGAUGGCGCCUCCGAAAAAUGAGGUUCUCUAUAUUCUACGAGGUCGCCAAGAAAAGCUGUUAAUCGUGGGUAUUCCAAAGAAAUUUGAAGUGAAAAAGGGAACACCAACAUAUGUGCCAAAAGGAGCCUAUGUGGUCCGUGGGACGAUUAAACUGCCUCGGCUGAAUGAGCCAGUGGUUAUCGGACGCGUGCCACAGAACCCAAUAACAGACCCGUCUGCGGUGCCAUGGAAUUAUCAACAGACGUUGGUUACAUACAAAGGUAAAGAAAUCACAGGAGAACUUCCGGGAAAUACCUUUGCUAAGAAAUAUUCAGAUGUACAAGAAGUGAACAAUGCCACACAGAAGCGCUUUCCAUCCAAGAAGCCUGUAAGUGCUGAGGAGGCAGAGGCUUUCUUCCAGAAAAUGAAGAUGCCUGAUUAUGAAGUGGUGGAUCAGUUACGCAAGUACCCUGAACAAGUGUCUAUGCUAUCUUUGUUAAAGAGAUCUGCCGAGCAUCAGAAGACCCUAGUGAAAACUCUGAAUGAGGCGUAUGUGCCUGCUGAGACUUCAGUUGAACAACUCGAAAGAAUGGUAGAAAGGUUCUUUGCUGUUAGUCAAAUUUUCUUUAGUAAGAACGAUUUGCCUCCAGAGGGAGCGGCUAACAAGAAAGCUUUACAUCUGACUGUCAAGUGUGAAGUUUUUUAUGUCAAGCGAGUAAUGGUGGAUGGGGGUUCGGGUGUUGACAUUUGUCCACUCUCUACACUGCAGAGAAUGGAAAUCGGGACUGGAAAGAUUCGUCCCAAUAACAUCUGUGUAAGAGCUUUUGAUGGCAUUAAGAGGGAUUCCGUCGUAGAGAUAGAUCUGGUAUUAACCAUAGGCCCAGUGGAUUUCGAGGUGACCUUCCAAGUUUUGGACAUGGAUACAUCUUACAACUUUCUCCUAAGUAGGCCUAGGAUCCAUGCCGCGGGGGCUGUACCUUCCACCCUUCACCAAAUGGGGAAUUUCGAGAAUGAAGAUCAGGAAAUUGUGACCUUUGUCAAGCCAAAAUACAGCGAGAAUGAAGAUGGUGAGGCCUUCACAGCCAAAGAAAUCAAAGAUAUAUGUGGAGCUAUGAGGCAAAUGCUUUAUGAAACCAACAUGAUUCAGCUAGUGGAAGAACCAGUUAAUUUGGGAACUUCUGAAGAAAUUCGGGAAAUAAAAAUAAGCAUUCACACUGAUGAGAAAACACGGGAUGCGAUAAUUCAACUUCUGUUUGAGUUUAAAGACGUGUUUGCUUGGUCGUACGAUGAUAUGCCAGGAUUGAGUGUCGAUCUAGUGGUGCAUAAAUUGCCAAUUUACCCUGAUUGUCCUCCGGUUCAGUAG